AGUCUUUCGCGUCUCGCGGCGCGGUACAGGACGGCGCGGCCUGUAGAGCAGUCUCGAAGCCUGCUUGCAGGGAGAAGAUGGCGGUCGCCGUAAGAACUUUGCAGGAACAGCUAGAAAAAGCCAAAGAGAGCCUAAAAAACGUAGAUGAGAAUAUUCGCAAGCUCACCGGACGAGACCCGAAUGACGUGAGACCCAUCCAAGCCAGACUGCUGGCCCUUUCUGGUCCUGGUGGAGGUAGAGGACGUGGUAGUUUAUUGCUGAGGCGUGGAUUCUCAGAUAGUGGAGGAGGACCCCCAGCCAAACAGAGAGACCUUGAAGGGGCAGUCAAUAGGCUGGGCGGGGAGCGUCGGACAAGAAGAGAAUCACGCCAAGAAAGUGACCCAGAGGAUGAUGAUGUUAAAAAGCCAGCACUGCAGUCUUCAGUUGUAGCUACCUCCAAAGAACGUACACGUAGAGACCUUAUCCAGGAUCAAAAUAUGGAUGAAAAGGGAAAGCAAAGGAACCGACGAAUAUUUGGCUUGUUGAUGGGCACUCUUCAAAAAUUUAAACAAGAAUCCACUGUUGCUACUGAAAGGCAAAAGAGGCGCCAGGAAAUUGAACAAAAACUUGAAGUUCAGGCAGAAGAAGAGAGAAAGCAGGUUGAAAAUGAGAGGAGAGAACUCUUUGAAGAGAGACGUGCUAAACAGACAGAAUUGCGGCUUUUGGAACAAAAGGUUGAGCUUGCACAGCUGCAAGAAGAAUGGAAUGAACACAAUGCCAAAAUAAUUAAAUAUAUAAGAACUAAGACAAAGCCCCAUUUGUUCUACAUUCCUGGAAGAAUGUGUCCUGCUACUCAAAAACUAAUAGAAGAGUCACAGAGAAAAAUGAAUGCUUUAUUUGAAGGCAGACGCAUCGAAUUUGCAGAACAAAUAAAUAAAAUGGAGGCUAGGCCUAGAAGACAAUCAAUGAAGGAAAAAGAGCAUCAGGUGGUGCGUAAUGAAGAACAGAAGGCGGAACAAGAAGAGGGUAAGGUGGCUCAGCGAGAGGAAGAGUUGGAGGAGACAGGUAAUCAGCACAAUGAUGUAGAAAUAGAGGAAGCAGGAGAGGAAGAGGAAAAGGAAGUAGGUACAGUUCAUAGUGAUGCAGAGAAAGAACAGGAAGAGGAAGAACAAAAACAGGAAAUGGAGGUUAAGAUGGAAGAGGAAGCUGAGGCAAGGGAAAGUGAGAAGCAACAGGAUAGUCAGCCUGAAGAAGUUAUGGAUGUGCUAGAGAUGGUUGAGAAUGUCAAAAAUGUAAUUGCUGAGCAGGAAGUAAUGGAAACUAAUCAGGUUGAGAGUAUAGAGCCUUCAGAAAAUGAAACUAGCAAAGAAUUGGAGCCAGAGAUGGAAUUUGAGGUUGAGCCAGAUAAAGAAUGUAAAUCCCUUUCUCCUGGAAAAGAGAAUGUUAGUACUAUAGAAGUGGAAAAGGAAUCUGAAGAAAAAGAAUCUGAGCCCCAGCCUGAGCCUGUGGCUCAGCCUCAGCCCCUGCCUCCACCCCAGUCUCAGUCCCAGCCCCUAUCUCAGCCCCUGUCUCAGCCCCAACCAGUAGUCCAGCCCCAGCCUUUCUCUCAGCCUGAGACUUUGCCAUUAGCUGUUUUACAGCCACCACUUCAGGUUAUUCAGGAGCAAGGAAAUGUAAUACCUGAGCGGAAGGAGUUUCCUAUAGAGUCUGUAAAACUCACUGAGGUGUCAGUAGUAGAGCCAGUUUUGGCAGUACAUUCAGAAAGCAAAAGCAAAACCAAAACUAGGAGCAGAAGUAGAGGUCGAGCUAGAAAUAAAACAAGCAAGAGUAGAAGUCGAAGCAGUAGCAGUAGUAGUUCUAGUAGCAGUUCAACCAGUAGCAGCAGUGGAAGCAGUUCCAGCAGUGGCAGCAGCAGUAGUCGAAGCAGUUCCAGUAGUAGCUCCAGUACAAGUGGUAGCAGCAGCAGAGACAGUAGUAGCAGCACUAGUAGUAGUAGUGAGAGCAGAAGUCGGAGUAGGGGCCGGGGACAUAAUAGAGAUAGAAAGCACAGAAGGAGCAUGGAUCGGAAGCGAAGGGAUACUUCAGGACUAGAAAGAAGUCACAAAUCUUCGAAAGGUGGUAGUAGUAGAGAUACAAAAGGAUCAAAGGAUAAGAACUCCCGGUCUGACAGAAAGAGGUCUAUAUCAGAGAGUAGUCGAUCAGGCAAAAGAUCUUCAAGAAGUGAAAGAGACCGAAAAUCAGACAGGAAAGACAAAAGGCGUUAAUGGAAGAAGCCAGGCUUUCUUAGCCUAUUCUUUGCAGCAGAAGAUUUCUUGAUGAGUAAAAGGAUUACCUUUCCUUGUAAGGAGGAUGCUGCCUUAAGAAUUGCAUGUUGUAAAAAUCUUUUUGGAAAAUACAGACUGUUUGUUUACCAGACAUUCUUGUACUUUUUGCAUAAUUUUGUAAGAGUUAUUUAUCAAAAUUAUGUGAGGUUCCAUAAAAUAUGUAAAAACAAUAAUAAUAAAAAAAGAUUAACAUC